UUCAAUAGGGCAGGCUAGCUAGUAGCUUAGCUUCAGCAUACACAUGCAUGCACACCCGCUGUGAACGAAGGAGCGAGCGAGCGACGAUGGGUUCUUGCACAUUGUCCUCCGGCGGCGUCUGCGUCGUCGUCGUCCUCCUGUGUUUGGCUGCUUGCUGCCUAACGUGCGCGCGCGGCGCUGUCCCGGCGAUCUACGUGCUCGGAGACUCGCAGGCAGACGUAGGGAACAACAACUACCUGCUGCACUCGCUGCUCAAGGCCAACUUCCCUCACAAUGGCAUCGACUACCCGGGGGGAAAGCCCACCGGCAGGUUCAGCAAUGGCUACAACUUCGUCGAUUUAAUCGCUAUCAGUCUCGGGGUGCCCAGCCCUCCUCCAUACCUCUCUAUAAGCAGCAAACCAAUGAACAGCUCCGUAUAUCUGAAGGGUGUCAAUUUUGCUUCAGGAGGAGCAGGGGUGUCUAAUCUCACAAACCUGGCCCAGUGCAUCAGCUUCGACGAGCAGAUAGAGGGGGACUACCACAGAGUCCACGAGGCGCUGGGGAAGCAGCUGGGCAUUCCUGGGGCCAAGGCCCACCUUGCCAAAUCGCUCUUCGUCGUCGCCAUCGGCGGCAACGACAUCAUCAACGACCUCCUGCUGAGUCCCGUCAGCGAGCUCCUACGCUCCCGAGAUGAGAUCGUCAGCAAUCUGGAAAAUACCCUCAAACGCCAGCUGCAGACCUUGUACGACCUUGGGAUGCGACGGUUGUUCUUCGUGGGGAUAGCACCGCUGGGAUGUUGCCCGUUGAUACGGGAGCUGAACCCCACCAAGGAAUGUGAUGCUCAGGCCAACUACAUGGCAACUCGGUUAAACGAUGCGGCGGUCGUGCUCCUCCGCGACAUGAGCGAGACGCAUCCGGACUUCACCUACUCCUUCUUCGACACAUACACCGCGGUGCUCCAGUCCAUUCGUUACCCAGAGGCACAUGGCUAUAAGGAGGUUAAAGCAGCGUGCUGUGGCCUAGGAGAUAACAACGCCAUGUUCCUAUGCUCGCCGGCGAGCGUGUACUGCGACAACCGGACGAGCUACAUGUUCUGGGACGUCGUCCAUCCCACGCAGGCCGCGGUUGAGAAGCUUAUGAAGAUUGCGUUUGAUGGAUCUGCGCCGUUGGUUUCCCCGAAAAAUAUCAAGCAGCUCACUGAGAGUUAGGCAUUAUAUAAAGCCAAGAGUACGUGUCUACUGGUACUACUAUACUAUACUACUAUUAUCACCACUGGAGAAAUUUUGAAUCAUUAAUUUAGGAGUUAUAUUUAGUGCCAGUAACUAACGUGGUAAAGUAAACAAGGGAUUUGCUAGAUUUGAGGUGACUGAUAUUAAUUUGUAAAUUUACAGUCUCCUAAAAUUACACAUUUUGCAAAGUUUAAAAUUGCAUAGCUAUACAAUGUGAAACUUUACUUAUUUUAACUAUGAUUUUUGUUGUUAUAUAUAUCCAUGGUUUCACUUUA